CACAGCAUCCUCCAACCCAGUAGUACGGAGAGAUUGGAUGGCGAAUGAGGGUGAAAGGAGUGGCUGGGGAGAAGCCCCUCUAACAAAACCGGGAGGAAGCCAGUGAAGACAGUGUUUCACAAGGAAACAGUUAAGAUCUAAUGUCCGUUAAAGAUAUCCAUCCCUUAGAGUGUAAUGCAUAGAUUUGUACGUGGUAUAUUAUACUGUGCUCUGUGGUAUGGUAGUAUAGUAGCAGGCUUUUUAUUUAUCGCCUGUCCGCUUUUACCGCUAUUAUUAAUCAGUCCAUCAAAAUUCCGAAAAUGCGGAGAUCUAUUAUUUUCGUGCUGGGAACUCUAUCCUACCGCCCUGUUGAACGCGUUGGGUGUGAAAAUCUAUGUAUCUGGUGAUCAUAUAUCGCCCCAUGAAUCGGCCGUGCUUAUAAUGAAUCACAGGACAAGGGUAGAUUGGAAUUUUCUAUGGGCAGCAAUGUAUCAAGCGUGCAUGCCCAGUGUAGCCUGUCACAAAUUAAAAUUCAUUUUAAAGGAUCCUAUACGACACAUUCCCGGUCCAGGAUGGAUAAUGCAAAUGAAUGGCUUCCUUUACAUAACACGACGCUGGGAGGAAGAUCGAGGCCGAUUAUCACGUACUCUCGAUUAUUUGGUUGCGUUGGAUAAUCGUACGCAAUUGUUGAUAUUUCCGGAGGGCACUGAUUUAACGGAGAGCAGUAAGGAAAAGUCGGACAGAUACGCCAUGCAACAUCAUUUACCACUGUAUACUUAUACCCUACAUCCGAAAACGACGGGCUUCGCUUAUUUGGUGCAACAUCUUCAACGCGCGAGUUUCCUGGAUGCUGUGUAUGAUUUAACGAUAGCGUAUCCAGACUACAUACCCCAAUCCGAAACCGACUUAAUUAAGGGAAAAUUCCCGGACGAAGUACAUUUCCACAUAAAGCGGAUAUCGUUUGCGGAUAUACCAGCGCACGAUUUGACUUUACGGAAGUGGCUGGAGAACAGAUGGUCUGACAAGGAGGUAAUAUUAAAGCAAUUCUACGAGCGCAAAGCGUUCUCCGCUGAGAUUUGGCCGAUGGCAAAAAUACUACCGCUGCGAAUCGCGUUUGGAUUCUGGAGUAUAUUGACAGGGAUAACGGUAUUCUCACUCAUUGUCUCUCCGAUCUUCCAAUUAUGGGCUUUGUUUAAUGCAAUAUUGUUUAUCGGGUUGUCGAUUUUUAAUACUAGUUUCAGUCAACUUGAGAUGGGUUGGUAUUGGCGAUGGAAGAGUCCUUCUCGAAUUAAACGAAGUAGUUAGUCUCGAGGACAUAUUUUUUUAAGUUUGUUAGGAAAGUUUUUCCGAAAUUGUAGUUCUUUGUCUCUGUGAUAACGUACUGUAUAUAAAACCGUGAAACUAGAAGAAAGAUAUAAUUUUAAAAGCCUUGUGCAAUAUUCACGUUUCAAUGUAGUUGUAAUAUAUUGCACUGUUAUAUUUCUUUACAUUUAUGAUAUGUCUUGAUGUCUGAUAGAGUGUUCAAAAAUGCAAUAAUAGGUCUAGGUCCUACGAAUAUAUAAUUUUGUGGUAGUAAAAGAUCUCUUACAGUAUUAAUACAAAACAUUUGAGUAUUACGAUUUUGUAAUAAUAAGUUUCGAAUAACAGAUAAUGAUAUAUGUAUAAUAUAUCGGUAUAUAGAGAGAACUGUUAUUAAACUUAGUUUAACUUUUAAUUCGUGUGUUGUAAAUAAUCGCAUAUUUAUCAUAGCAUUCUUCUUAAGAAAAGUUGUAUAAGAAAUUCUCUCUAAUUAUGAAAUGAUUUAAAUAUGUCAAACUAAAAGCAUAUUUUUAAGAGAAUUAUUAGACGCGUGCAAAAGUUUUAGUCAUUUUUUGCAUAUUUUCACAUUAGAUAUAUAAUAUAUGCAACACAACUCCGUCAUCAAAAUACUUGUCCUCGUUUUUUACGAUUUUCUGCCAUCUCUCAGGUAAAUUUCAGAUUCCUUUGCAAAAAAGUGUUUUCGUAUCUCAGCCACAUCUCGAAAGUACUUUCCAAUUAAAAAGUACUGCAGUAAUUGGAAUAAGUUAAUUGUAAUUCGAAAACGCUCCAAGUUCAAUGAACACGCUGCAUGCGGAAUUCAACUCAAGUCCAAAAUAGUUUGCUGAACACCAAAAGCAUAAAUAACUUUUCAUUGCUCAUUGCGUUCACUAUUGUUUUGCGAAGUUAUGUUUAUCGUUAAAUCAUGACAUAUGUCGUUUUACAAACUUUAUCAAAUCUUCAAAAAAUGUAAAAAAGAGAGAAUUUAUUAGAAGUUUAAAUAAUUAUAUUAAAAUGCUGAAAAAAAACUAAAACUUUUAUACAUGCACAUAAAUAUAGCUCAUAUAAUUAUCUGUAUUUGUAAAACACAUAGUGUGUAUAAACUUUGUAAACCACGUUGUGUACCAGCUUCUUAAAACUUGUGUUUUUAAGAAGAUAAUAACAGUUUGAACUAGUUCUUAUUACAGUAAAUUUUCGAUAAAUGUUGAUAUAUACAUGAAUGGAAUAUUGAUAAACAUAUUGAUUUAAGAUGAUAUUAACUACAGUUUUCUAUAAAUUUUCCGUAAUAAUAAAAAGACAAAAAAAUAAAUUUCUUCGUGCAUUUUGUAAUCGUUUUUUCUAUGUAAUUUCUGUAUCAGUAUUUAGGAGCUAUAUUGUGUGUCACUGAUCACUAUAUGUACCUCUUAUUACUUUUUGAAUUAUAUGUUAUUACACAAGAUCUAGAAUGCAGAUUUUGCAAAUAUUUAAUAAUGUAAAACAAUUAUGAGCGCAGUGUAGAAUUGUGCAAAUUUAUAUAGUUUAUAGUAGAAAUAUGUACAUAUAUGUUAGGAAAUACUUUUUUUUUUAGACUUUGUGAUAAAAAAUAUAGAUUACCUAUUAAAUGAUUUCGAACAAAAAA